GCAGUGGCUGUUAGUGGCUGUUUUCACAUGGCGACAUGAAGCCCAGGAAACUGCUUCAAACAAGUCUAACUUUGUUAAUCCUUGUAACCAGCAGCUAUGGACGACACUCAAAUCCAGGACCCGACCUGAAAAUGGACCAGGCUUUGUUAACAUUUCAUAACCAGCUGACAAAGGAAGUGCACAUUUUCUACACGUCCGAUUACUGCUACAAGUGUGUGUACCAGCAUUUGGUCUCUGUGAAACCCAACAACAGCAACGCAUCUGCGGUGAUCAGCACUAAAUUCAGUCUGACUGUGCGAGCAGAGUCACAGACCAGGAAUGCAACUCUGUGCAGGUGGAGUCAAACAUAUGGAGAAGGUGGUCAUUACUCUGUUUGGAUCCAGAUGUCAGAGGCUGCCAGUAAUCCCAGCUGCGCUCACAGUGUGGAUAAAAGGCCAAACAAUGCAUACCUGCCUCUUCUGGUUUCAGCUCUCUUACUGGCCAUAAUCGCCCUCUCAUUUGUUGUGGCACCCUACAUCUACAGGAGGCGCUGUACAUCAAAGUUUAUUAAGACCAUUUGCUGCCAAGGCCCUCAGUUCUCAGUGGAUAAUGACGCGGCAUGUGAAGCUGAGCCCAAUACCACCAAAGCUACACCAACACGUCUGCGCUCGCUGGACACUUUCAGAGGGUUCGCCCUGACAGUGAUGGUGUUUGUGAACUACGGUGGAGGAGGGUACUGGUUCUUUCAACAUGCACCGUGGAAUGGUUUAACUGUGGCAGAUCUUGUCAUGCCAUGGUUUGUGUUUAUCAUUGGGACUUCAGUGGUGUUAGCUUUCAGAUCCAUGCAGAGGAGAGGAGUAAGCCGCCUCCAGCUGCUGCGCAAAUUCACCUGGAGAACAGUUGUCCUUCUGAUGCUCGGCUUCUGCUUCCUCAACUACUCUCCAAGAGACGGACCACUGUCCUGGUCUUGGCUGCGGAUCCCUGGAGUGCUGCAGCGUCUGGGCUUCACCUACUUUGUUCUGGCUCUCCUGCAGACUUUCUGGGGCCAGAAAGAAAUCCCACUGAGAUCGUAUCACUGUUGGAACCCCAUCCAGGAUGUGGUCCUGUAUUGGCCACAGUGGCUGAUUAUCAUCCUGCUGGAGACUCUGUGGCUGUGCAUCACGUUCCUGAUGCCUGUACCCAACUGCCCCACAGGGUAUUUGGGAGCUGGUGGAAUCGGUGAUGACGGCCUUUACCCAAACUGCACUGGAGGCGCAGCAGGAUACAUUGAUAGAUUGAUGUUUGGUGAUAACAUGUACAGAUACCCCACAUGCAAAGAACUGUAUCACACCACUCAGCCCUUUGACCCAGAGGGGGUUCUGGGUACAAUCAACUCCAUUGUCAUGGGAUUCCUGGGGAUGCAGGCUGGGAAAAUUAUCAUUUCCUAUAAGGCAAUGAACGUCCACAUCCUCAGUCGGUUCCUUGUGUGGGCCGUUAUCCUGGGAAUCUCUGCAGCCAUCCUUUCUAAGUGCACACGAGAUGGAGGAUUUAUACCUGUCAAUAAAAACCUUUGGUCAUUGUCCUAUGUGACAUGUAUGGGCUGUUUCUCCUUCCUGCUGCUGGGAGGCAUGUACUUUGUCACUGACAUCAAGCGCUGGUGGGGCGGACAGCCAUUCAUCUACCCAGGGAUGAACUCCAUCUUUGUGUACGUUGGCCACUCUCUCCUGGGUUUCUAUUUCCCGUUCAGCUGGGAGAUGCGCCUUCAGCAGAGCCACUGGGAGUGGCUCUUCCAAAGCCUGUGGGGAACUGCACUGUGGGUGCUCAUUGCCUACCUGCUCUACAGGAAGAAAUUCUUCCUCAAAAUAUAAAAGGGAUGAUCAUCCCCUCUCUUAUUCUGU